AACGGAUAAUAAGAAGUUAAAUCUAUCAGGUGCUUUUAUAGGAAAAAAAUAGUUUGUCUCCCAAACACCCCCUAGGGAGAAGAGCUCAAAAGGGGGAUUCAAAGCAGCAGUGAGCAGAUGUUUGUUCAAUCGUUUGGUGUUAUUCGGCAGAUAAACAGGUGAGUAGAAUAUCUGAUUUUUUUACAGUCGUUCGAGCAAAGAGCAAACUUUUUUGUUUUUCAGAGGAAGAAACGAAACGACAGUGAGUGGCAAUAGGGGAGAUUCAAAAUCUGGGAGUUUUUGUUUCUUCAAAUGCUGAGAGGGUUAUCAUUUGCUUUUGGAGAACAUGCCCACCAACUGUUCGAUGAAAUACCCAACUAGAGUUAUCCUGACGUGGUGAAUUUGUUUUAUUAUAAUGAAGGCAUUUAGGCAUGUACGGAAUCAUUUUCAUGUCCCGAAUCCUCUCAGAAUCAACAAGUUGACUGGAGUUGUUCAUCUAUAUGCAAAGUCUUAUCACUCCUUAACUGAACCACAGUUGGAUGAUCAUCUGUCGUUUGAGUGGUGUGAAAGGGCCUUCCCAAAACUAAUCAAGUUGACUCAAUUGCUGAAUGGUUUUGAUUUGAUCAAUGGAAGAUUGGUUAAUGUUCAUAACAAAUGUGUUGUGACUGAUGAGUUUCUUAUGCAGAGCAUGCAUACUUUUAAGUCACUUGGCACAGCCUUUCUUUGGUCUCCUUCCAUGCAGCAAACAUUAUGUACAGCGAAAUCGCCAUCUAUUUGUGUUAAUAAGCCAAUUUAUCGGAAACCCAUUGCUGUGAAUUCUCUCAAGAAAGUAUGCGAUAUCUUAGAAGUAUCUGCUCAGCAGCGGAAGCUAGUCCGUCUUGCAAUAUGCCCACAGAUCACACAGCACCAAAUAUGGAUGGCUGCACUUGGAGAGAUAUUGAAUCAAUUGAAAUAUGAAAUGGGUGUUAAAGAUUAUGGGUGCACAACCAAAGGGGAUAACAUGGGUCAGCAAAUAGUGGUCAACUGUCUUGGGUUCUUGGAUGAUGCUGUGGCCUACGACCCUGACUCAACCUCAUGGAUGCGGCUUGCGCCUAAAAGAGAUGCAGACUCACCACCACCUGCUAAAUGGGCAGAUUUUCUUGAGAUGUUCAAUGAUUUAACAAAAAUCUUGAAGAACGAUCAGGAAUUUCUCUUUUAUGUCGCAAAGCUUGAGAUCAUGAAAGAAGGGUUGCUACAGAUAAAAGAUGUUUUGGUAGAUAAGAAUAUUGGAUACAAAGAGGCUCGACACCAAGAACAUCUAGUUCAGAAGAAAUUGACUAAAUCUUUGGGUCAUUCAUCUCAAUGUUUGUUCACACUUCUAUUAUAUUAUCUAUAUGGCGAUAUUAGGGAUAUUGAGCUUGACAUGUGCUGUUGGUUUUCCGCGGAUGUUGGUGGGAACAAAUUCUAUUUGUGUGUUGGGAAGAUUUUGACAUCAGAUGGAGAGAAAAUGUUAAGGCAUGCGGUCAAACAGUUGGAUAGGGUGCUUGGGGUGAUUAAAUUCGUGCACGAAAUGGCAGAAAUGGAAGAGAUUUUGGAGCUGCAGGGUCAUCUAUGGUGCAUUGACUCUGAGAACAGGUCACUUACUUACAGAGGACACAAGUUCUUCAUUCAUGGAAUUAGUCUCUGAUGAAGGAUAUAUCAUCAAAGACACACAUGUGAAUGUAUUCUCUUUUAAGGUAAUUUCUUUUUCAAGAACUAUAUUUUACUGGAAGAUCUAUUUAUUCAACAUAUAUAAUUAGGAAUAAUUAUUUAUGUAAACCCACAUCUUUUCUUAUCCAACCAUGUGCUGAACUUAGAGCAAUCUCUUUGAUAAAAGAGAUAGUUCGGGCUUAGGGCAGCUCCAAUCCACCUCCGAAACACUAAAAAGGAGGUCAUGUUCGCUCCAACACAUCAUUAAAACAAUAAAUCUUCUUUUGUGUCAAUUAAUCUACUAUUCAUUACCUCUAAAAUUUUGUGCUGUGGCAUUUAGAGUUUUGUGUUUUAAUGUGUGGUCGGAAGAGUUGUGUUUCAGCAGGGUUGAGUUUUGUUGGUUGGAAGAGUUUUGUGUUUCCCCCACUUGUACUUUGCCUUAUUUUCAUUAAGAACU